UCCAAAAAAGAGAAGGAGAAAAGGAAGAGGGAAAAAAAACAUGCCCCAAUCCCGUCCAUCUACCCCCUCCCUCAUCCUUAGUGAAAAACUGGAGUUGCUGUCCGAGAGUCUCCAGAAAGUAGCUGAAGGGUUCCAGAGCGCACUGCCCCAGAUCCCGUGAACCCUCGGACAGGAGCUCGCUACAAGGCUGAGCAGCGUCCUGGGCACUGGGGAUCCAAAACCGGGGGAGGCAUUAAUAUCCUUGGAUAAAAGAGAUGUGUGCAACUUUAAGGACUUUUAGAGAGCCACUGGGAGAAUAAGGAAUCACGGAAGACACGAAGGACCUCAAAGCAAUAAAAGGUGAAUAAUUGGAUUUGCCACUGUCGGGAGGUUGAGGCAGAGAAGAGUAAACAGAAGAAAAAAAGCAACCAAAAAGUAGGUGAGGUGAUAACAGAAGCAACCAUGAGAUGUGUAACAUGGUGCAUGGGCAUCAUUCUCUGCCUCUCCAUCUGCUUGCUCAGCAAGUGCCACUCAGGAAUGGAACUAAUGCAAUCUCGUCAACGGCGAGCACCUGCCGAUGACUCCAAGAAAUGCUCCUACACUUUCCUGAUGCCCCAGCAGAAGAUCACAGGCCCGAUCUGCGCCUCUGCUACCGGACCUGAACCAGACAAAGACCGGGUGACACGUAUGGACAUUGCUGACGUGCGGGAGGUCCUUUCCAAGCAGCGACGGGAGAUUGAAAUGCUGCAACUAGUGGCAGACGUGGACGGGAACCUGGUAAAUGAGAUGAAGCUUCUACGCAAAGAGUCUCGUAACAUGAAUUCCAGAGUGACACAGCUCUACAUGCAGCUGCUUCACGAAAUCAUCCGCAAGAGGGACAACUCCCUAGAACUGGCGCAGCUGGAGAACCGCAUUUUGAACGUCACCACGGAGAUGCUCCGACUGGCCUCCCGUUACAAAGAGUUGGAGCUGCGUUUCGCAGGCCUUGCUGCCACAGUCAACAACCAAUCGGUGCUCAUCUCCGCCCUGGAGGAGCGCUGUCUCCGUGGAUAUGGACGUCAAGAUCUGCCGGCCGUGCCUCCGCUGGUUCAGGUGGUACCGGAGAGUAUUCCGGCCAACAAUAACCGCUUCACCAAUGAGAUUCAGAGAGACAACAACAACCGAGCAUUUCCUAGAGGAUCACGAAUGGACGCUCCAACGCCCGACCCGCUGGGAAUCCCACCACCCCCACAGGGCACCCUCACUUCAGAUGGCCCGUUCAGAGACUGUUUUCAGGUGCGGCAGGCGGGGCACAGCACCAGUGGGAUGUUGUUGAAAACAGAGGGUAAUGAUAGGCUAAUUCAGGCCUGGUGUGAACAUAAAUUAGACAACGGAGGCUGGACCGUUUUUCAGCGAAGGAAAGAUGGCUCGGUCAACUUCUUCAGGAACUGGGAGAACUACAAGAAAGGCUUUGGGAACAUAGAUGGAGAGCACUGGCUGGGCUUGGAGAACAUCUAUAACCUAGCCAAGCAGGGGGACUACAAAUUGCUGGUGGAGCUGGAGGACUGGGUUGGGAAGAAGGUCUAUGCAGAGUACAGCAGUUUCCAUCUGGAGUCUGAAAGUGAAGCCUUCAGGUUGAGACUGGGCACCUACCAGGGCAAUGCCGGAGACUCCCUCACAAGCCACAAUGGAAAACCCUUCACAACGCUCGACCGGGAUAAAGACGCCUUUACAGGCAACUGCGCUCAUUUCCACAAAGGCGGCUGGUGGUACAACGCGUGUGGACAAACCAAUCUGAACGGCGUGUGGUACUCCGGUGGUGUGUAUCGCAGCAAGUUCCAAGAUGGGAUCUUCUGGGCGGAGUAUGGAGGCGGGUUCUAUUCGCUCAAAUCAGUCCGUAUGAUGAUCCGGCCAAUAGACUGAGGUUCACCCCAGGACCUCACCCUCAUUUCACAUGAGUCUAAAUCGCUUGAAUGUACUCAUAACUCACUUCAGCACUUAUUUAUAAUCACACAUUUAUGUUUAUGAGGACUGACAUGUAUAACACAGUAUAGUCGUCAUUGGUAACAACAGCAUAACAAAUCGUGAAAAGGAGUUAAAGGACAUGCGUUUAACCAGACUUGAACACCGAUGCCAUUUGGUCUGUUGAACAGUCCAUCGGAAUUCAGAGAAGACGACGUAAAAAACUAAAAAGUUGGAGUCGGAUGACAACACGGUCAACUUCAGGAUCUCCUGCUCUUCUCCAUCUCCUAAAUUUUCCUUUUACUGUUUACUUCUUACAUUCUUCUCCACUGCAAUAUCUUCAUUGGUGUCUGUUCCUUCUGACUCUCCCUCAUUGCUUGGACUGACGACUUCAAAGCCUCAAUCGCAGGUUUUUAAUUAAAGAUCUUUGGCCUCUUGCUUUGGAGGCUUGUCUGUAACAGGACUAGCACUGGGCUGAACCGUUCACCAGGCCCCGUCUGCAUUCGGGGGUAACGUUGGUCUGUAAAUAUACUUCAUGUUUAAUAGUUGUUUGUUUUUGUAAGAGUUAAUUUAAGGACUCACCUCCAAUCCACAGUAUUCAUUUGUUAUUUAUAUACCAGUGAUCUGUAUUUAUUACAGUUAUAAUCCUCCAAUCAUCUAUUUAACCCCGAUUAUGAUGUACCAUUGUGCUUUUGACAAACUUUUGUAUACUUUUACCAAAAGAGAGAGAAAAUUACAUCCAGGGUUGUAACCACCAUGUACAUUGAACUUCCAGCUCAGAGGUUGAUCAAUAUGCAGCUUCAACUUCCAGCUUAGAGGUCAAUCAAUAUGCGUUUUUCAAAGUCUAAAUCUUAAAUUCAAUAUUAUUUCGUCCACAAUAUAAUACUGUAUGUUUUCAAGUGAAACAAGAUAUUCAACAAGUGGGAGUUGAUUGGACUGUGAAAAGCAGACAUUAAAUACCAUAAUGGAGCCAAACCAAAUAUGAGUUUGUUAAAACAGUUGGUUGAGAUUAUCCAACUGUUUGUGUGGCCUUAUUUUAGGAGAUAAAGUAGUUGCAGAGUAUUAUGAGCAAGCAUUCAGAACUCUGGAAUUGGCAUCCUUUCAGGUAAUGAGUUGAAAUUUUAAGUAAAUUGGUCAUGCUUCACAUGAAAUGAAAUUUAUCAAUCAAAAGUUAAUUUAUUACAAAGUAUAAAACCCUAAAAAAGGCCUUUAAACUCUUAUAACUUUCAGACAAGGCUUAUUCAAGCCAUCAUUCAAAGUUUGUCUUGAUGAAUCUUCAUUUUCUAGCUACACUUGUAGUUCGAAUAUAUGGAUUUUUUGAAUUUCAAAACAUAUAAGUUGUACUACUUAAAAUUCAAAUUGCAAUUCUGUAUGUUUUCGCAACCUAAGUGAAAGCAGAAGUUAAUAGCAAAAUUAGCACCAAUUAAAUAAUGUGCACCAAUAAAUUGGUCACAAUAAGGCCAAGAAUGAUAAUUAUGUAAGUAAAUGUGGUCCAUUUUGAUUUCAUGUUGAGUUUUUCAAUUGGUCUACCUUCAUUAAUUGGUUACACCACUUACUGGCUCACAAACUAUAGGCCGAAUUUAUGCUAGACUACCUUUAUAAAAAUCACACAAACUGAUUUACUCCAUCAACAGGGGGAUGGACACACUUAUGCCCGAAUAUAAUUUUGGUAUGAAUGAAAUGAAAUACAUUUUUGUUUAAAUGAUCUCUGAAUCCACUUUUAACGCUGCAACACUGAAUAAAACAGCGUCCAAAAGCC